AAACCCUCAAGCUCUGGAGUCUGGAAGCACCCCUCUUGGUGAACACGUUAGAGAAAAACAAGGCCCUGGAGGCAUAAGUGACUUAUCCAGAAUCACACUGCUGUGAUCUAUAACUACAAUGCUUCUCAAGAUGUGGAACUCUCCUUGCAGAUUGGUGACACAGUUCACAUCCUGGAGAUGUAUGAGGGUUGGUACAGAGGAUAUACCCUGCAGAAUAAAUCCAAAAAGGGUAUUUUCCCUGAAACGUACAUCCAUUUGAAAGAGGCUACUGUGGAAGACCGAGGGCAGCAUGAGACGGUGAUUCCUGGUGAGCUCCCUCUGGUGCAGGAGCUCACAUGCACUCUGCGAGAAUGGGCUGUCAUCUGGCGCAGGCUCUAUGUGAACAACAAGGUCACACUCUUCCGCCAGCUGCAGCAGAUGACCUACAGCCUGAUCGAGUGGCGCUCGCAGAUCCUGUCUGGAACGCUCCCCAAGGAUGAACUGGCAGAGCUCAAGAAGAAGGUCACGGCCAAAAUUGAUCACGGGAACAGAAUGCUCGGGUUAGAUCUGGUCGUGCGAGAUGACAACGGGAACAUCUUAGACCCAGAUGAAACCAGCACCAUUGCCCUCUUCAAGGCCCACGAAGUGGCUUCAAAAAGGAUCGAGGAAAAGAUCCAAGAAGAAAAGUCCCUUCUGCAGAACCUGGACAUGCGGAACCAGGCCAUCUUCAGUGGCGCCCACACCUAUGGCCUCUACGUGAACUUCAAGAACUUUGUCUGCAAUAUCGGGGAGGACGCAGAGUUGUUCAUGGCCCUCUACGACCCAGACCAGUCCACAUUCAUCAGUGAGAACUAUCUGAUUCGCUGGGGCAGCAGUGGGAUGCCCAAGGAGAUAGAGAAGCUCAAUAACCUCCAAGCAGUGUUUUCUGAUCUCAGCAGCACGGACCUCAUCCGGCCCCGCAUCAGCCUCGUGUGCCAGAUUGUCCGCGUCGGCCGCAUGGAGCUGAAGGACGGCAGGAAGCACACCUGCGGGCUCCGCAGGCCUUUCGGAGUAGCAGUGAUGGAUAUUACGGAUGUCAUACACGGGAAGGUGGAUGAUGAAGAAAAACAGCAUUUUAUUCCCUUUCAGCAAAUCGCUAUGGAAACUUACAUCCGGCAGAGACAGCUCAUCAUGGCGCCCCUGAUGACCUCCAGUGUGAUUGGGGAAAACGAGCCGCUCACUUCAGUCUUGAAUAAAGUCAUAGCAACCAAGGAAGUGAAUCACAAAGGACAAGGGCUUUGGGUGUCCUUGAAGCUGUUGCCUGGUGACCUCACCCAGGUUCAGAAGAAUUUCUCACAUUUGGUUGACAGAUCAACAGCAAUAGCCCGCAAAAUGGGCUUUCCUGAAAUAAUACUGCCAGGAGACGUUCGCAAUGACAUUUACGUCACCCUGAUCCAUGGUGAGUUUGACAAAGGGAAGAAGAAGACGCCCAAGAAUGUGGAGGUGACCAUGUCUGUGUUUGACGAAGACGGAAACCUCUUGGAGAAAGCAAUUCACCCUGGUGCUGGAUACGAAGGCAUGUCGGAAUACAAGUCUGUCGUCUACUACCAGGUCAAGCAGCCCUGUUGGUAUGAGACUGUCAAGGUAUUCAUUGCUAUAGAGGAUGUCAGCCGCUGCCACAUCCGAUUCAGCUUCCGACACAGGUCGUCUCAGGAAUCCAGAGAUAAAUCCGAGCGACCUUUUGGGGUGGCCUUCGUGAAGCUGAUGAACAACGACGGGACGACGCUCCGGGACGGGAGGCACGACCUGGUGGUGUAUAAGGGUGACAACAGGAAGAUGGAAGAUGCUAAGUCCUACCUGACGCUGCCUGGGACCAAGACGGAGAUGGAAGAAAAGGAACUCCAGGCAUCCAGAAACCCGGCCGCCUUCAUCCCUAGCAAGGACAGCACGAAGGACAGUUUUCAGAUCGCCACACUCAUCUGCUCCACAAAGCUCACUCAGAAUGUCGACCUGUUAGGAUUGCUAAAUUGGCGUUCCAACUCCCAGAACAUGAAACACAACCUGAAGAAGUUAAUGGAGGUGGAUGGGGGAGAGAUUGUUAAGUUUUUGCAAGAUACAUUAGAUGCACUUUUUAACAUUAUGAUGGAAAUGUCAGACAGUGAGACGUACGACUUCCUUGUGUUUGAUGCAUUGGUAUUUAUCAUUUCCCUGAUAGGAGACAUCAAGUUCCAGCAUUUUAAUCCUGUACUUGAAACCUACAUCUACAAGCACUUCAGUGCUACUUUGGCAUAUGUGAAACUCUCCAAGGUUCUGAACUUUUAUGUGGCUAAUGCGGAUGACUCCAGCAAGACAGAAUUGCUUUUCGCAGCUUUGAAAGCCUUGAAGUAUUUGUUCAGGUUCAUCAUCCAGUCUCGAGUGCUGUACCUGAGGUUUUAUGGCCAGAGUGAAGAUGGGGAUGAAUUUAAUGACUCAAUCCGCCAGUUGUUUCUCUCCUUCAAUACGCUGAUGGACAGGCCUCUAGACGAGGCUGUGAAGAUCAAGGGGGCAGCUCUGAAGUACCUUCCUGGCAUAAUUAAUGAUGUCAAACUUGUGUUUGAUCCCACUGAGCUCAGCGUGCUCUUCUGCAAGUUCAUUCAGAGCAUCCCAGACAACCAGUUAGUCCGGCAGAAGCUCAACUGCAUGACCAAGAUUGUGGAGAGCAGCCUUUUUCAGCAGUCGGAGUGCAGAGAGGUGCUGCUGCCCCUGCUAACGGACCAGCUCAGCGGCCAGCUGGACGACCACUCAAGCAAGCCCGACCACGAGGCCAGCUCACAGCUCCUCAGCAGCAUCCUGGAGGUGCUGGACAGGAAGGAUGUGGGCCCCACGGCUGCGCAUGUCCAGCUGAUUAUGGAGCGGCUGCUGCGGAGGAUCAACCGCACGGUGAUCGGGAUGAGCCGGCAGGGUCCCCACAUUGGCGGCUUUGUGGCCUGCAUGAUCGCCAUCCUGCGGCAGAUGGACGACAGCCACUACAGCCACUACAUCAGCACUUUCAAAACCAGGCAGGAUAUCAUGGACUUCCUCAUGGAGACUUUCAUCAUGUUUAAGGAUCUGAUUGGAAAGAAUGUCUAUGCCAAAGAUUGGAUGGUCAUGAACAUGACACAGAGCAGGGUUUUUCUCCGCGCCAUCAAUCAGUUUGCUGAGGUUCUCACCAGAUCCUUCAUGGACCAGGCAAGCUUCGAGCUGCAGCUCUGGAACAAUUAUUUCCAUUUGGCAGUAGCAUUUCUCACCCAUGAGUCUCUUCAACUUGAAACCUUCUCCCAAGCCAAACGCAACAAAAUUGUGAAAAAAUAUGGGGACAUGAGAAAGGAAAUCGGCUUUAGAAUCCGGGACAUGUGGUAUAACCUGGGUCCCCACAAAAUCAAAUUCAUCCCAUCCAUGGUGGGUCCCAUCCUGGAGGUCACUCUGACCCCAGAAGGGGAGCUCCGGAGAGCCACCAUCCCCAUUUUCUUUGACAUGAUGCAGUGCGAGUUCAAUUUCAGUGGAAACGGCGAUUUCCAUAUGUUUGAGAAUGAGUUGAUCACAAAGCUGGACCAAGAGGUGGAAGGAGGCCGAGGAGAUGAACAGUACAAGGUCCUUCUGGAGAAGCUGCUCCUAGAACAUUGCCGGAAACAUAAGUACCUCUCCAGCUCUGGGGAAGUCUUUGCCCUCCUGGUCAGCAGCCUCUUGGAGAACCUGUUGGAUUACAGAACCAUCGUCACGCAGGACGAGAGCAAGGAGAACCGUAUGAGCUGCACCGUGAAUGUGCUGAAUUUUUAUAAAGAAAAGAAGCGAGAAGACAUAUACAUCAGAUAUUUGUACAAGCUUCGCGAUCUGCACCGAGACUGUGAGAACUACACAGAAGCUGCCUACACACUCCUCCUACACGCCGAGCUCCUGCAGUGGUCUGACAAGCCCUGUAUGCCCCAUUUGCUGCAAAGGGACAGUUACUAUGUUUAUACCCAGCAAGAACUGAAAGAGAAGCUGUACCAAGAAAUCAUAUCGUAUUUUGACAAAGGCAAAAUGUGGGAGAAGGCCAUCAAGUUGAGCAAGGAGUUGGCCGAGAACUACGAGAGCAAGAUGUUUGACUAUGAGGGCCUUGGCAGCCUCCUGAAAAAAAGAGCUUCGUUUUAUGAGAACAUCAUUAAGGCCAUGAGGCCUCAGCCUGAAUACUUCGCCGUGGGGUACUACGGACAAGGUUUUCCUUCUUUUCUGAGGAAUAAAAUCUUCAUCUACCGAGGGAAGGAGUAUGAGAGGCGAGAGGACUUCAGCCUGCGUGUGCUGACCCAGUUCCCCAGUGCUGAGAAGAUGACCAGUACCACGCCCCCUGGAGAAGACAUCAAAAUGUCCCCGAAGCAGCACCUGCAGUGCUUCACUGUGAAGCCCGUGAUGAGCCUGCCACCCAGCUACAAGGACAAGCCAGUGCCUGAGCAGAUCUUAAACUACUACAGGGCCAACGAAGUGCAGCAGUUCAGCUAUUCCCGGCCAUUCCGGAAAGGAGAAAAGGAUCCAGACAAUGAAUUUGCUAACAUGUGGAUUGAAAGGACCACGUACACGACGGCCUAUACCUUUCCUGGGAUUCUCAAGUGGUUCGAAGUCAAGCAGAUUUCAACAGAGGAAAUCAGCCCUUUGGAGAACGCCAUCGAAACCAUGGAGCUGACCAACGAGAAGAUCAGCAACUGCGUGCGGCAGCACGCCUGGGACCGCGCCCUCUCCGUGCAUCCGCUCUCCAUGCUGCUCAAUGGCAUCGUGGACCCAGCUGUCAUGGGGGGAUUCUCCAACUAUGAAAAGGCUUUCUUUACAGAAAGGUACCUCCAGGAGCAUCCUGAGGACCAGGAGAAGGUGGAGCUGCUGAAGAGGCUGAUAGCAUUACAGAUGCCUCUGCUCACAGAAGGGAUCCGCAUCCAUGGGGAGAAGCUGACAGAACAGCUCAGGCCGCUUCAUGACCGCCUAUCUUUGUGCUUCCGGGAACUCAAGGAGAAAGUAGAAAAGCUCUACGGGGUCAUCACACUGCCGACCAACUUCACCGAGAAGAAGCAGAGCCGCACAGGAUCCCUGGUGCUGCCCUACAUCAUGUCCUCUACUCUGCGGAGGCUGUCCGUCACCUCACUCGCUUCCUCGGUGGUUUCCACGUCUUCCAACUCCUCUGACAACACCCCUUCCAGGCCAGGAUCUGACGGGUCAGUCCUGGAGCCGCUUUUUGAGCGCAGGGCUUCAUCAGGUGCCAGGGUUGAAGACCUGUCCCUCAGAGAGGAUGGCGAGACCCGGACUGCCAAGUUCAAGAGGAAAGACUGGAGUCUGAGCAAGUCCCAGGUCAUUUCAGAGAAGGCUGCAGACCCUGACCUAACGAGCGCAGCCAAAAAGAUACAAAGGCCCAAGAGUCUUCAGCUGGUGGACAGCCGCUUAGCUCCAUUCCACAGCUCUGUGCCCCCUCAGGCCACGCCCUUGAGCCCGCCUCCGCUCACGCCCAAAGCGACCAGGACCCUGAGCUCCCCGUCUCUGCAGACAGACGAGCCAGUGGCUGCUGUCCCACCUCCUCCUCCCCCCAAAAGCAAGCCCUAUGAGAGCAGCCAGCGGAACUCCACCGAGAUCGCGCCCCCUCUGCCUGUCCGAAGAGAAGCCAAAGCCCCACCCCCACCCCCUCCAAAGGCCCGGAAGUCUGGCAUCCUUUCUUCUGAGCCUGGAUCCCAGUGAGAAUUUUGCCCUUGCUCUGCAACUCGGAGUGCCUUGGACAGUUGCUGCCUGAGACCCGGUCUCCUGGGGCUGCAUCCUCAGGACCUGGCGCUCCCUGCUGGCUGCCUUUCCUGACGUGGGACGAUGUUUACUAGCUCAAAACUGGGUUUGUUCUUUUGGGAGCUUCUCUUUCAUGAAAGUCUGCGUCUCCGCGGUCCACUCAGCCAUGUGGCAUUCCAGAAUUGGCUGUCUCCUGUGUGUGUGUUGAAGGAGCACGCUCCUUCACCGGGAUUACUUUCCAGCCUCUGCCAAAGAGGCAGUGGCAUCUGCAGCCCGGAAGGAGGGCUGCUCCUGGAUGCUCUUCUUGCUUUGCUUCUGAAAAGCUGCACUCGAGACUUUGUUGAUCGUCUCACACAUGCAUCCCUAUCCCAUCCAGCCUCUUGGAAAGCUCGCAUACCAAGGACUCUCUGGGAGCCCCGUCUCUUUGGAGGCAAAAAGACAUUUUUAUUGGAGAUUCGCUGCUUUCAGGUGUGAAUAGCAACCACUGAAAAAUGAUGGACUCUCAUUGGACCACACUCCUGACCAACAGCCUGCCUGGUGCAGCAGUUGCUCCUUCUCGCUGCAGACCCCUCUGAGGCUCUUUUGCACAGUUUCUUGUCCCGUCCCUCCUCUGAGCUCAAGUGCCCAGCUGGAAGAGACCUAGGAAUCCACAGCCAGCAGCUUUUUGUUUAGAUCCCAUUCGGAUGACUCUGGCCUCUGUCUGCUACCUGAUUUUACCCUGGAAAAUACAGUGCAAUAUUUCCCUUAUGAUUAUUUAUUCCUCUUGAUCAUGGAUUUAAUUUGCUAAUGGUACUAAUGUCAGUACUCCUUUCAGAAGAAUAAGUGGAGUGUUUUGGAUGACCAAAUAUUGCAUACUCACCAGUAGCCACAUGAAGUUACAGAUGUUUUGAGCUAGAAGUGUUUUCAAGUCAUGAAAAAAAAAAAAACUCUUGUGUUGUAGAUAAGGAAACUGGGGCUACACACAGAAAGUGGUAGUACAGAUUAUUACUCAUAGCUCAGCUUGCUCACGGGCUGUCCCUGGAAAAUGCCUAGAUCUAGAUAGAGGACAUCACUGACAGCGUCUUUUAUGCCUAACCCUGGGUGAAACAACAUUGGAAAGGCUCCUGGUAUUUUUAUAGUACUUAGCUGUUGAUGACAAUGUCCAGAUAAGGGGAGCCCUCCCACAGCCUCCCUGACCUUGCCCAGCGUCCUUUUCUCCAAAGUCAAGAAGACAGAGACAGCGAUUGCAGCUGGGUGUCUCUGCUCGCCUGCCUGCCUGUGUGCGUUCCCUGUGUCUCCUCCACCCUCUAGGCGCUGCACACCCGUUCAUCACAAGGGUGGAGGAAACGCGAGCCAAGUCCAUUGCGUUCCUCACGAAAUUACUGUGUAUAUUCGAGGAGUGGCACAGAAAUCUUUACUCUUUGCUCCUGUGAUCAAGGAGGGAGAAACCCAAAAAUAUGGACUUCGGAAUGAAACCUGUUUGGUUUCAAGUCCCAGCCGCGUCACCUAUUAACUUUGCAAACUUUCUCCAGCAUCUGAAGUUCUCUGAGCUUUCCUGUUCUUUCUCUCCAAAUGGGGACAGUCCCUUCCACUCUGGUUGCUGCAGGGUUCCAGUGGGAUGGAAAAUGUGAAGGAGGAGCCCUCACACCACGGCCCUUUCUUUCUCCUAGACCCAAGUAAGGUCCAGAACUUCUAAGGGCAUUGUUGACAUUGUUUUAUUUUAAUUCAAGGUUACUCGGGAUGUGAGUGUGGGACAGUUCUGGACAUACAGUCCUUCAGUCCUGCCCCAGCAUGCUGCCUUUUAUAUGGUUAUUUGUAACCCGAGAGAGUGCUAAUAGGAAUUGAAGAGGAUUUUAAGAGGAAGGAAUUUCCCUCCAGAGAAUGGUUAAGAAGGCCUCCUUGGUGCCCGAGACUACCUCUGAAAGGUCACCUAACAGGCUGGCCGGAAGGGAUUUGUCCCACCCUACUUAUCAGACUGCCAUAGAAGUAGGAAAAUAAAAACAGGGCAAACAAAAAUCCCAAACCUCCUGCCCAUGCUCCCAGCACAAUGUAAGUGAACCCUCAGCCUGGCCUUUCAGCAGAGGCUGGGAGUUUGGUCCAUCUGUGCCCAGCUGCAUUUCUUUUAUAACGGAAUUUAUUCUUCCAUCUGCUUCCCUUUCCCUGUUAAUGAAAACAAUAGCUCUCAACAGCCUGAAUGCAGCGGAUUCCAGGUAGUGUUUUGGGUACUAGGUUGUAGAGGACACAGGAAGGUUCGUUUCCUUGGGAAUUUAUGCGGCAGGAAAGAGUCAUAUUUGAUAAAAACUCAUAUAUGUCUGCCCUGAAGUCAAAGAGGAGACUGCAAAGAAGUUCUUAUGAUUAUAUCAAGUAAUGAUGAGGUGACUAGAUGACAAACGGGAAGACAAAAGUUUUUAUUUUUUCUUGCUAAGAUCUCUGGAAUAUUGGAAGACAUUGAAAUUACCUCCCAAAUUGUCACAGCCUUCGUGAAUAUUGGCUGUAGUUGGUUGCUUUGUGGUGGUCUUUACCCCCCCAUCUCUCCCUAUGAUCUGAUGACUUGUCUUGCUUUGGGAUAUUUUCUCAAUUGUUUCCUUCAACAUACAUGAAGUUUUUAUGGAGGUCAGAUGCCAGGCCUAGUAGUAACCCUUCGGGGGACAUGUUCAGUGCGAACAUCCCAGUGUACAAGGAUCGUGGUACUCACUGUGGUGUGUUGUGGGAUUUCAGAGUCAGGGAUUAGAUGAAAAUGGACCCUAAGAGAGACCGCAGGGGGAGUCUUUCCUCCACGCCAGCCUUCACCCCUUGACUCCAGUGUCAGACACUUCCUCUCACCAGAGCGAUCUGUUAACAACAGCCCCACUGCAGAGCCAUAAGAUAAAAUAAGAUUGGAGCAGGACUUGAGAUAACAGUGCAUUCCCUAGCUCUAUCCAAAAUCCAAGUGUCUUUCCCUGGCUGUCUCCAGAGAGGGUGUGGCUUAUUUUAAAAUUGAAACACAAUUUGUAUAAAGUGCACAUAUCUUAGGUAGGCGUGCAGAUGGAUGGGUUUUCAGAUUGCUAGACACCCAUGUCAGCACCUCUCGGACGCAGACGUGACUUUUCCCAGCACACCAGAAGGUGCCCGUGUGCCGUGCACCACUGUAUGAAAGGCAUUUGGAAAGUCCUCUGCGAUGCGUGCCUUCCUCCCUCAUGCUUCUCAGGUAUCAUGAAAAAGGGGGGAAAAUGCCACUAUCAAUGCAAAUUUAGAUUAUAAAGAUUUUGUCCCUUUAGCAAGUAAAUUCUUAGUCACUCUGUGAACCUGUUCCCUCACCCUUAAAAAAAGACACACCUACAUAUAUAUUUGAGGCUGCAUGAUUGUUUUAAUCCUUUCAGUUCUUGCUUCUCAGUGAACCAAAAGAGAAGAGUCAGGAGCAAACGGUACAAAGGCUUUCAGGUUCGUGAACUGGAAUGCUCAUUUUUCUAAACCCAAGUUGGUGUUUUGACCCUCCCCUACCUUGAUGGUUAAGAUCAAAAGGUUUGUGAAUAUUAUAAUAAUGUAUCUAGCCCGGUUUUUCCAAUAUUGACGUAAGUUGCCGUGAUUGCCUGCAGCAGCCUGUAAGCAGUGUCAUGCAGACUACAGCCGUCUUCGGAUCUCACCAGCCGGGCCCACCACAACUAGACUUCCCGUGCGUUUCAGUAAUCCUGCAUGCCUUUCCUGUGUGAUUUGGGAAGAUCAUAAAUAUUACUUCCUUGGAAACUUUCAUUCUGCUCUAAGUCUGGUAUUGAAAGUUAAGUCAGGAAAAGUGAGGUUUCUCAGAUGGGCUCCGAGUUGCGCCAUCAGUUCUAAUCUCCAAAGGAAUACGUUUUCCCUCAGGUGAAGGGCUCCAUUGUGAUUCUUCAGAUCCAGCCCAAACUGGCCCCUCACUUAGUCUACCACAGUCACCUCUCCAGUCAGCUUUUGGGAGUUGUUCAGCCUUUGUCCAAAAUACCAUGAUUUUGUAGCUAGUUGGGUUUCAAACAUGACCAGUUAGGAAGAUGUGCGUUGAAGUAGAAGGGUUUUAUUCGGAUAUGCUGUUAUUUAUUUUUUAAAUUAAAAAUGGAACUGUAUUUUAAAACUUAAUUAUG